CCGCAGGUUCCUGGUUGGCAAAACAUGAUCAUUCUCACUUUGGUCAGACAGUGAGUAGCCGUUCUACGCAAUGCACGGGUUCUGAAUUUAACUAAUGCUUUUCCAGUGGUGAAAGUACCGGAAAUAAAGCUAAUAAAUGGCAGGGUAUAACUGAUGCAACUUUAACAAAUCAUGGCAUGCGCCAGGCUGAACUCGCUGGAAAGGCACUGAAAAACAGACAGUUUUCAGCUAUAAUUUCCAGCCCGCUACAGCGUGCUUACCUUACCGCUGAGGCGAUAUACAACGAGCAGGCUGUUAAGCCACCAUUCACUACAGAUGAAAGGCUAAUGGAAGUCCAUAUGGGUGCUUUUGAAGAUAAGAAUUGGAAUACUCACAAGAUGCCGAAGGUGGAUGGGGUGCCGUAUCGUGAACAGCGUUUCCCAGGAGGCGGCGAAUCGAGACAUGAUGCGUAUUUGCGAGCAUUAGCGUUCCUGACAGACCUGUUUGCAAAAUAUUCUGUAAUGUCCGUGCCACCUAUUCAUAUUUUGAUUGUGGCCCACGGAAUGUUUUUGAGAGAAAUGUCGAACGCCCUUCACAACUUGAACCGGUUACCUUGGAACGACAUCCGUUGGCACAAUACCGCAGUCACUACGUUUCAGAUCACGAAGGGCCGACUAGAGCUUAUAGAGCAGAACAACACCAGCCAUCUGAAAUCCCUUCAACGGCAAAGAGGUGGUAUAGGGAGUUCAAGCCAUGAUCGACAUCAACAGACGCUCGGUCAAUACUUUGGCAAGACAGCUUAACCAGCUGUGUAAUGUUUAUUAUACCUUUUUCACAAAGGCAUGCAUGUUUAAUUGUACAGUUUGAAAUAAAGCAGCCAGUCAGCUAAUAGCAUCUAUUCGUUAUUAUCAGCAUCCUGUCCUUCAUUUGCAUUAUCGGUAUUUCGCUUUUCCAUUCGCUUCAGCCGUUUCUUCUCUCGCUUAUUGUCCUUGGCAACAU